ACGGUUGAAGCAUGCUCCUCGCUGCCCGUCCCAAGGCCGUGUGUCGUGCAGGAUGUCGGUGAGCGAGAGCGCGGUGUUCGCCUACGAGUCGUCGGUGCACAGCACCCACGUGCUGCUCGGCCUCAACGAGCAGCGGGAGAAGGACGUGCUGUGCGACCUCACGGUGCUGGUGCAGGGCCGGCGCUUCCGCGCGCACCGCGCCGUGCUGGCCGCCUGCAGCAGCUACUUCCACGCGCGGGUCGUGGGCCACGCCGAGGCCGAGCUGAGCAUCACGCUGCCCGAGGAGGUGACGGUCAAGGGCUUUGAACCCCUGAUCCAGUUCGCCUACACCGCCAAGCUGGUCCUGAGCGGGGACAACGUGGAGGAGGUCUGCAGGUGCGUGGCUCUGCUCCGCGUGCACGACGUGGAGGAGUCCUGCUUCCAGUUCCUCAGGUUCAAGUUCAUGGACUCGGCCAAGCGCCCCGAGUGCCCCUGGCUGGGCAUCCGGAUCAGCGAGAGCCCGGAGCCGGGCCCGCGGACCUUCGCCACGCUGAGCUCCGUCCACUGCCCCUUCAUCAGCACCCUGGGUGCCGAGGGCUGCGCCGGUGGCUUGGAGGCGGGGAACGACGGCUACGCGUCCGAGCCCCAGCAGGAGCCCUGCCCCUACGCCUGCGUGAUCAGCCUGGGCGACGACUCGGAGACGGACACGGAGGGCGACAGCGAGUCCUGCUCGGCCAGAGAGCAGGAGUGCGAGACGCUGGGGCACCGGGACACCGGGCGGGGCACCCGGGCACUGGGACACCCGGACACUGGGGCACCCGGACACCGGGACACCCGGACACCCAGACGCAGGGGCACCGGGACCCCGGGAUACCCGGACACCGGGGCACAUGCCAAGGGCGAGCGCCCCGCAU